AUGGCUGAAUUAUACGGUAACCUUGGAGACUACCUUUCCUUCAGUGUAUCCUCGUUUCUGAAGCAGAUUUUAUACCAUAACAAUAAAAAAUCAAAGCCAAAGCCGUCAAAGCCAAAGCCGUCAUUUGUUCAUGUGUAUGGUCGGUGGGAUGAAGUUCCGGAUGAUAUGAUGGGUGAGAUUUUAGGGCGCCUAAAUAUAAUCGAUCGCAUUCGGUUAGGAGGUGUUUGCAAAUCUUGGAGAUCAAUUGUGAAGCAAAAAGACAUCCACAGUGCCCCUUCAGUACCAUGGCUGCUUCUCCCUCACGCCCAAAAUUGCAACUCCUUAAGCUUCUUCAGCAUGUCGGAAGGCAUAGUUCAUAAUAUAAAGCUACCUAAGGCGGCGCAGGGAGGUUGGUGUUUUGGAUCUUCCAAAGGUUGGUUAACUAUUGCUAGGGGAACACAAGAUGACCCACAAGUUUUUCUUUUGAAUCCCGUUUCAGGAUUCCAACGCCACCUUCCAUCCUUGUCAACAAUCCCAUCUUUCAAGGAUUUUGUUGACGUGGCGUGGCAUCCAAACCACAUUACUUCUUUUAUUCGAAAGAUUGAACUAUCGUCUACAGACCUUUCAAAAUGUAUUGUUGCAGCAACUUUCAGGUUGCGGACGGCUGACCUUUUAGCGGUUUGCAAGGUCGGCGAUAAGGAAUGGAGGGUCUUCCAAGGACUAAAGGAUAAAUAUCCUGCUUACUUCGACGUCAAGUUUCAUGAAGACAAGUUGUACGCUUUAGUACACCACAUGCACAUGAUGGAAGAAGAAGAAGAAGGCAGUUUCACAAGUUAUACCUUGGAAUUGGGAAGCCGUGAAGAAGCCAUCGUUUUGAAACUAAUUCCAAAUAUUAGUGCACGACGUGUACCCUACGAAGAUAUGGAUUGUGAAAUUAACGGUGACAUUAUUAUUCACAAGGAUAUUGGGGUGGAAUCACACUUGGUGGAGUCGGACAGUGAAUUGUUGAUUGUGAGCGCACUAAUGAAUAAUCUCUUUACAGUAGUAUACAAUGAGGAUGAGGAAGAAGAAGAAGAAGACCUGUCGUUUGAUUUUAAUUACAUGAAAACAACCAAAUAUCAAGUGUUCAAGAUUGGUUGGUCCACUUUUACGUUCACUAGGGUAGCUAGUAUAGGUGAUAAAAUGUUAUUUGUGUCACAAAGCGAGUCAUCAUCUCUUUCAGCUCCAGAUUUCAAUGGUUUUUCUGGGAAUCGGAUUUACUUUUCAGAAGACAGUCUUACAUAUGGUUUGAAUACUCCUGAUCCAAUAGUUUGCCAAGAAUCUGGCGUUUUCUACCUUGAUGACGAUAGGAUUGAACGCUGUUUUCCUAGCAUCAAUCUUCCAACGCAGUGUCAAAUGUGUUGGUUUACACCACAUCCGGAUCCAUGA